AUGUCUCUUCUCGGUAGUAUAGUCAGUGGGCUGCUUGGCAUCAUCGGGUCUUUGACUCAGCAACAAACAAACGGUGCGAGCGUAUGGGGAACUUUACAAGCACCAGUGUUUCCACAGUUCCUUACCAACAACCCACUCCCAGCUGGGUUCCCAUGGGGUACUCUCACUGCAGCUGGCAGCAACCCCUACACUUCUGCUCCCAACACGGGGGUCACACGAAAUUACGACUUCACGGUCACUAGAGGUACCAUCGCGCCUGAUGGCUACCAAGUCAGUGUCCUCCUGGUCAAUGGAGCGUUCCCUGGCCCUCAGAUUGAAGCCAAUUGGGGAGAUACGAUUCAGGUCACGGUCCACAACCAGAUCACUGGCCCUACUGAAGGAACAACUUUCCAUUGGCAUGGUAUGCUUCAGAAAGGGACCGAGUAUGCCGAUGGAGUUCCAGCAGUGUCACAAUGCCCUAUUGCUCCUGGAUCAUCGUUCACUUAUACUUUCAAAGCCUCUCUGUAUGGCACUUCAUGGUAUCAUUCCCACUACUCUGCUCAAUAUUCUGGUGGACUUUUGGGACCAAUGAUUAUCCAUGGGCCUCACGAAAACUUCAACUAUGAUAUCGAUCUUGGACCAGUCUUCCUCCAGGAUUGGUAUCACACUCCGUACCUACAGAUCGUGGAGGAGGUUAUGAAGUCUAAUGGAAACCCAAGACCCAAUUCUGACAACAACCUGAUCAACGGCAAGAUGGACUUCAACUGCUCUACCAAGGCCGCUGGUGAUAAUACGCCGUGCAACAGCAACGCAGGUCUUUCUAGAUUCAAGUUUACUACUGGCAAGACACACAGAUUAAGAUUGAUCAAUGCUGGCUCUGCUGGUUUGCAAAGAUUCAGUAUUGAUGGACACAACAUGACCGUCAUUGCCAAUGACUAUGUUCCUGUCCAACCUUACACUACUCAGGUCGUGACUCUUGGCAUUGGUCAACGAACUGACGUCCUGGUCACAGCCAACGCUGGCACUUCCACUUCCGCUUUCUGGAUGCGCUCCAACAUCUCUACCCUCUGUAGCGAAGCCAACCAGCCAAACGCACUGGCAGCCAUCUACUACACCAACGCAGACACUUCCAAAGCGCCCACAUCCCAAGCCUGGAACAUCCCGGACCCCGGAACCUGCGCCAACGACGACCUCUCCCUCACCGUCCCCAUGUUCCCCCUGAACGCCGCUACCCCCUCCUCAACGCAGAACCUCGACAUCAACUACUACGUCAACUCGACCGGCUCCUUCCUCUGGACCCUCGGCGGCGUCAGUUUCCGCGCCGACUACAACGCUCCCGUCCUUCUGCAAGCCGAGUCCGGAAACCUGACCUUCGACCCCGAGGCCAACGUCCAGAACUUCGGCACCAACUCCACCGUCCGCAUCGUGGUCAACAACCCGACCCCCGCGUCCCACCCCAUGCACAUCCACGGCCACAACAUGCAGAUCCUCCACGAAGGGUCUGGAAACUGGGACGGGACUUCCAUUGUCAAUCCGUCUAACCCCCAACGUCGAGACACGCAGCUCGUGCGCGCGAACGGACAUUUCGUGAUGCAGUACUCGCUUGAUAAUCCGGGGAUCUGGCCGUUCCAUUGCCAUAUCGCGUGGCACGUGUCGGGCGGCUUGUAUGCGAAUAUGAUGGAGUUGCCUGGGCAGAUUAAGACGGAGACGAAUUUGCCGUCGAUUAUGUCGCAGACUUGCACCAACUGGAUGAAGUAUACGAAUUCGAAUGAACCUGAUCAGUAUGAUUCUGGUGUGUGA